AUGGUCCAUCCCAGAAUAGUUCCCUGGUACAAUGAAGAUGAGUUGAAAGAAUUGAAGGAUUGGUUCUACAAUAAGGAAUUGGCUACUGAUAUGAGAUUUCGAGCUAUACAGAGGGUCAAGAGUUACCAAAGCAAAGGAUCGCAAUACUUACCGCAUGUAAUUGAUUCUACCGCUCAGAUCACGAAUUCCAUAUUAUUGGAUGAAGAGAGGUCUCAAUAUGAUAAAUUUUCCGUCAAAUUAAGUUAUACCAUGUCUUUGAUUAGAUUUGUAAACGGAAUAUUAGAUCCCACACAGCAAUCACAAUUUGCCAUACCGUUGCAUACAUUAGCUAAACGUGUGGGCCUACCAUCGUGGUUCGUGGAUUUAAGACACUGGGGGACGCAUGAAAGAGAACUCCCUAGUUUAGAGAUGUUGAGGAUUGCAGCCAAGGAUGCCUUAGUUUGGCUUUGGGACCAUUAUUGGAAUGACGAUGAAUUAGAGGAAGAAGAUGAGGAGGAAGAAAAUGUUGAAGACGAACAUACGGUAUCACUGAGGCAACUAAUUCAGAGGGGUAAAUCUUUGCAAAAUUUAUUCAAGGAGUACCAGUGGUAUUGGGAAGAAGGUUCAACAAAUUUAAUCAGCAGUACUAAUUUCCAAGCAGAAGAAUCCAGUCACGGUAAAAGACGUAGAGAACCCACACCGCAAGAACAAAUUGAUGCAUUUGUAUCAGAUUGUAAAGAUGUAUGGAACAAUAAGGAUCACAGGGAAAAGUUUAUGAACGUUUUCACACUACAGUAUACACCCACCUUAUUAAGAGUAUUAGUUAUGAAAUUACAGGGCUUCAGCCAAGAAUUUUUUCAAUUUAUCCUACAGAAUUAUAAAGACCAAUUGGCCAAGACACCCAGUGUUUUGUCUCAAAGGUUCAGCACAUGGGAAUCAUUAGAACGUAAGCUACUGUCCAAAUUUGUUUCUAGUGUUAAUACAAAUCAAUUCGUCAGUGCUUGGUCUUCAUGGGAACCUUUGAUAUCAGAAAAUCCAUCUCUUUUAUCCUACAGCUUCUGUCAAUUAAUGUCUAACCGCUUAGCAGAUAAUAGAGACAGUUUCAAGAAGAAGAAGAAGAAGAGACAAUUCGUAUCCUAUCAAGAAGUGGAAAGUGGGUUAUCAGAAUACGUUGCCAAGUACUCUUCCUUUAUCAGGGAAGCGGAAUCCUACAAUAAACAGGUUCAGGCACACGCAAAAGCCCAGCUGAAAGCAGAAGUUCCAAUGCAAGCGCCAGCCACAGAUCCAAUUCCUAAGGACAUGUCUGACAUCUUAAAGGAUCUGGAGUCUCUUAAGAGAAGACACACUGAUCCACCGAAGACUAAGGCACAAUGGUGUCAACAUCCAGACUGGAGUCCAAGACCAUUUGGUACGUUGUAG